UCCCGGACAGAGGCAGGAUGAUGUCCCAGCUGCUGCUGCUCGGCCUGCUCCUCCUGCUGCUCCUGCUGGUCCUACGCGGCAGGACGAGAAGAGAAGAUGAGCCUCCUUUAAUAAAAGGCUGGAUUCCUUUCAUUGGAAAAGCUCUGGAGUUUGGGAAAGAUGCCCACAAAUUUCUGAAAGAACAUAAGAGGAAGUUUGGAGAUGUGUUUACGGUCCAGAUAGCAGGUAAAUACAUGACCUUCAUCAUGGACCCUUUACUGUAUCCCAACAUCAUCAAACAAGGCCGGCAGCUGGACUUUCACGAGUUCUCCAACAGGGUGGCACCAUUUGCCUUUGGCUAUCCACCUGUUACUAGCAAGUUCCCCGGCCUGCAGGAGCAGAUCAAACGCGGCUUCAUUCUCCUCCAAGGGGAUAACCUCACGCCCCUGACAGAGAGCAUGAUGAGUAACCUGAUGCUGGUAUUUCGUCAGGACUACCUGGACCAGGAGAGCAGCUGGAAGACCGCCUACAUGUACAAGUUCUGCAACUCGAUCAUGUUCGAGGCCACCUUCCUCACCAUGUACGGCAAGCCGCCAUCCGCCAGCCGCCACAGCGGGAUGAGCGUCCUGGAGAAGGACUUCAUCAAGUUUGACAAGAUGUUUCCGCUCCUCGUCGCUCAGAUACCCAUCUGGCUGCUGGGACGGACUAAGGCAAUCCGCCAGAGGCUCAUCAACUACUUCCUGCCCCACCAGAUGUCUUGCUGGUCACAUUCUUCAGAGUUCAUCAGGACACGAUUCGAGAUGUUUGAGCAGUAUGACACGCUGAGGGACUUCGACAAAGCAGCUCAUCACUUUGCCAUCCUGUGGGCGUCUCUGGGGAACACGGUUCCUGCUACUUUCUGGGCCAUGUAUUACCUGGUGAGUCACCCUGAGGCGCUGCAGUUUGUCCGUCAGGAGCUCGAGGACGUCCUGAGACUCAGCGGAGUGGAAUUCAGCAGAGAUAAGGAUGCGACGCUGACCCCGGCGCACCUGGAGAAACUUGUCUACAUGGGUACGUGCACACAGAGAUUCUGCAUUCGUACACUUAGAGAUGUGAACCUGAAGAUCAUUGACCCGACUUUCUCCACAGAGAGCGCCAUUGAGGAGAGCUUCCGCCUGUGCUCGGCCUCCAUGAACAUCCGGGUGGCUCAGGAGGACUUCAGUCUGCGUCUGGAUGCCGAGCGCUCGGCGGCCGUCAGAAAGGGAGACAUCAUCGCCCUGUACCCUCAGGCUAUGCACCUGGACCCUGAGAUCUACGAGGACCCAGAGACGUUCCGGUUCGACCGCUACGUGCAGAACGGCCAGAAGAAGACUGACUUCUACAAGGAUGGCCAGAAGCUCAAGCAUUACCUCAUGCCUUUCGGCUCAGGUGCCACCAAGUGUCCCGGACGUUUCUUCGCCAUCAAUGAGAUCAAACAGUUCCUGUCUGUGAUCCUGCUUUACUUGGACCUGGAGUUGGAGGAGGGCCAGAGCAAAGCCACCUUGGACCUCAGCAGAGCCGGCCUGGGUGUCAUGCUACCAGCUAAAGAUGUCCGCUUCCGCUACAGGCUGCGGCCUGUCUAACGGGGACCUCACCAGCAGGUGAGGUUCCUCUGCACGGGCAUAUCCAACCUGGUGUUCUUUGAAUUCUCGAUCACGUUCUGCUCAGAUUUUUCUAAUUUCUGCUGCGAUUCAGCUUCAUUUUCAGUCGUCCUGGUUCCCUGUGAGCAUCGACCUCACGGCGUGCACUCCUGUGCACAGCCUGGACAGUGAGAGACCAGGAAGAACCAGACGUGCCUGCUGCACAUUAACGGCUGUGGAGAUGUUGGACAGGUUGAAGCUUCCAGCCUGUCUGAUUUGUUCUUUAAAGCUUCGUCAGUUUUAAAAGAAGACAGAAAGUAAUUACUACGUAUUUUUGCACCUUCGUUACUGUCUUUGUUUUCUGUGCCUCAGUUCUGAGCUGUGAUGACUGUUUGCCAGUAUGUACCUUUAUAUAGCACUGAGGUGUAAAUACUGUAUGAGCCAGGAGCUUCAGGUAAACAGUGUUGUUUUUGCAUGUUUUCAUAUUAACACUACAGCUCUCUUACUUUGUAGUAAGUCCGGCAGCGGUUAGCUUAGCUCCCCGUAAGCAUCCAAAGCUUCUUUUAGAGUCGGCUGUUAACACAACACCGUUAGACUGUGUCUCACUGGCUACACGUGAUCUCAGAUUCUACCACAAGGGGGCAGCAUUUUAGCAGUGGCACUUGUUGUCUUUAAAUCCCUCUCAGACUAAAGCUGUCAGCAGACUGAGAAAUAAACUUGUUAGGUCAGGGGUGUCCGACUCCAGGCCUCGAGGGCCGGCGUCCUGCAGGUUUUAGAUGUGCCAGCUGAUUUAAAUGGCUAAAUGAUGACCUCCUUACAUGUCCUGAAGGUCUCCAGAGGCCUGGUGAUGAACUAAUCAUGUCAUUCAGGUGUGCUGACCCAGGGUGAGAUCUGCAGGACACCGGCCCUCGAGGCCUGGAGUUGGACACUCCUGUGCUCAGGUGUAAUACCGGUUUGUACCACAGGGUGCAGCGAGUCAGUGCCACCUGCAUGUAACAAGGUCAGCCAUUAAUGGCACGCUCUUACUCAGAGCGGUGGAGUGGGAAAUGUCGUAGCCCUCUGAGGAGCGUGUAAAAACACCCGGUGAUAAAUGCUGCCCCCUGGUGGUAGGGAUGGGUAUCGUUUAGAUUUUAUCCGAUACCAGUACCAAACCGGUACUUUUGAAACGGUGCCGGUGCUUAAACGGUGCUCAAACCGGUGCUUAAAGAAUGGAGAACACAAACUUUGUCCAAAAACCUCUCAUGUUCAGCUGUUAUUUUGUAAAAAGAUAACAAUGUUAGCCUUUUCUGCAGCUAUAGGGCAUAUAUGGUAUCACUCUUGGCUGGAAGCAGUGCUUAAACAAUGGAAAAAACACAAACUUUGUCCAAAAACCUCUCAUGUUUAGCUGUUUUCCACUUUUUCUUUGGUCAUUUUAGCCUUUUUGGCCAGGGUGAAGGGAGUACCUGCCAUCAAACAAGAAGACAGCCGCAUGUAACUACGACGGUGUUUGCUAGUUCACCUUACAUGCAUUAAUGUAAUAACGUGGUUAGCCUACUCAACGUAAAUUACACACGAACAACAUUAAGCUACUCACGCAGAGAAGAACGGCUGCUGCUGCCAUCAUCAUCCUCAUCAUUUCUGCUACACUGGCAGGGCUAGGGGCCAGGACUCUACUCUUCGGGUUUUUGGGGGAUGUUGCUAACUCCGGGUCUGAUAACAGGCACCACACCCACAGUAGAUGUGCUCGGUGUGAGGUCUCGCAGCAAGCUAUCAAAUACGGUGCAUUUCUCUGCUUUUAAAAAGACGCUAUGCGUCGCCAGGUGUUUCAUCAGAUUCGAGGUGUUCCCUCCUUUGGACAGUAUCAGCUUAAAGCACUUGUUGCAGGCUGCUGAGUUUGCAUCUUUUGCUGUGAAGUACAGACAGACUUUUGACCGCUUCGCCUUGGGCAUUUUUAAUCUUUAGCUCUGCUCUAAAAGAACGUACAUAACUGGGCCCGCCUACUACGCUUGCAAAGGUAAAAUGAUUGGCUAGAAUCCAAAGUGUAUGACAUCUCAGGAAAAAAAGCACCGAAAUAAAGCACCGAAAUGUGCGCUGCAUUUCGGUCUGGUUACUACCCUUUAUGUCAGAACCGGUGCCAUAAUGGCACCGGAUAACGGUACCCAUCCCUACCUGGUGGUGAACACUUCAAAAAAGAACCUUUAAACCGAGCGUUCACAGACAGUGAGGCUGUUCCUGUAGCGCCACCUAGUGUCAACACUCUGAGCACAUCAGACUGCAGGUGGAAAAUGAUGUUUCAGAUCUGUGAUGUGAGACGUGCACAGUGAACCAGCUGACAGAUUUAACGUGAAACUGUCCCACCUGUGGAUGAACUGUGCCGAGGACCUGCAGGGCGCCGUUAAAGGAGCAGUUCACCUCAAAAUCAAGUGUAUUGUAAAAUGGUAAAUGGCCUGCAUUUGUAUAUCGCUUUACUAGUCCCUAAGGACCCCAAAGCACUUUACACUACAUUCAGUCAUUCACACACACAUUCACACACUGGUGAUGGCAGCUACAUUGUAGCCACAGCUGCCCUGGGGCGCACUGACAGAGGCGAGGCUGCCGGACACUGGCGCCACCGGGCCCUCUGACCACCACCAGUAGGCAACGGGUGAAGUGUCUUGCCCAAGGACACGAUGACCGAGACUGUCGGAGCCAGGGCUCGAACCAGCAACCUUCCGAUUACAAGACAAACUGCCAACGCUUGAGCCACGAUUGUAGGUCUAGCUGCUCUUUAUCCACGCAGACGGUGUUAGUGGGAGCUUCCCCCUCAUGGGGCUGUGAGGAGAUGCACCAACACCGAGCUUUUAAAAAGUGUUUCAUUCAGGAACUAUUUUCUUUGCACUAAUUACUCUAAAAUGUGUUGAUUUGAUUUGGGUGUGAGCCGUCCUUUUAAUGCAGCCAGUGUACAGAGGGCCUCUUACACACUGUGAUAAAGUACUCUUGUAAUGCAGAAGCACUGAUACUCCACAGUAAUACCCGUACAUGUGUAUUUUAAUGUAUUUCAGGUGAUUUUGGUCUUUUAUUAUUAAAAUAAAAUGUAACAUGC